AUGGCGCCAGCUCCAUUCCUCCCCGGCCUGGGCCAUUCUCCCACCCCAGCUUCCGAUGCCUUGACUCGGCCCAUUACGGCAGAGCCCGAGCAGUCGACCUUGUACCAGCGCUAUGAGCUGUUGCAACGGAACGACAAGGAGAAGAACGACUUUAUAGGCGAACUGCUUACGCGAUACGAUUACCUCAGCCAGCAAUAUCAGAUUCUAGCCUCCCAGAUCAGUAACGAUGUCCAAGGUGAAGCUGCUUGGCAGAUUCAGAAGCCGAUGUAUGAACGCAAGGUCCAGCAUUAUCAACAGGCUCUGUCUGAAAAUCCCUUUGUCAUGGUCCUGAUUGACGGUGAUGGUAUGAUUUUUCAUGAAGAGUAUGUUCGCAGCGGAGAAGCGGGCGGUCGGCGUGCUGCAUCGCAACUUAACACCGCCGUGCAUAAGUGGAUCGAAAACGAGACCACAGACGUCCCUCUCGGGGCUCGUGUUAUUUGCCGGAUUUAUGCCAACGUACAUGGUCUUGCAGAGGUGCUGGUAAGAACUGGGGCGAUCGACCACGUUGAAGUAUUCGAAAAUUUCGUGCAAGGCUUUACCCGCGCGAAGACCACGUUUGACUUCAUUGAUGUCGGUCCAGGAAAAGAUCGUGCAGACGAGAAGAUCAUCGAAAACUUCAAGAUUUUCUCGCAGGACUAUCACUGCCGCCGACUCCUGUUCGGCUGCUCCCAUGACAAUGGUUACGCGCGAGUACUAGAGGAUUGCUCAGACAGGAUGGAGAUAGUAGGCAAGGUGGUUUUACUCGAAGGUGUGCCAUUUGAGAAAGAACUGCUACCACUUCCUUACAGCACCAAGAAGUUUCCCAACAUUUUUCGAGACUCGAAACUUGCAAUGGGGAGCAACAACACCAUUGUCAUUGGCAGUCAAUGCCAUUCUAUCGGUACGAGUUCGUCCGCUCAAAAAUUCUACGAUGUUUCGACUGGUCUUCCUGGUCGCUUCCCAGCGCCCCCGCCACAAGUAAUGGAUAGUCCCAUUCCAGCUAGGGCAACUGCUGUGGGCUUGCCGCGCACGCCUUCGUCAUCCACGAUUGCGUCUGAUGGAUUCACAGCCAUGAAGGCACCUACGACUACGAACAGCUGGGCCGCAAAAGCAGCCGCUCCAGCACCCCCAGUGACAGCUCUGUCGGCGUACGAGCCUGCUGACCGUAACGAGGUUAUUGCACGCAACCGAGCUGGACAGCGCAUUGAUCCUCCCUGCAAGGAUUACGACAAGACCGAAGUUGACCGAGUAAAGAAGCUGAAGUUGUGCAACGUUCAUUUUCUGAGACAGGAGUGCCCCUACGAUAUGCAAUGCACGCACAAUCACAACCACCAGCCGAAUUGCAGCGAGAUCGCUUAUCUCCGCCUCGUUGCACGCAUGUCGCCCUGUCAGAAUGGCAGUGGCUGUCAAGAUGUCAAGUGCAUUUUCGGCCACCGUUGUCCUGCUCCCUCAAGUAAGACAAAGGUCCCGAAGGGUGUGAAAUCCUGCAUUUUUGCGGAUGCAUGCAAGUUUCCGAUCGGACUGCAUGAUGUUGAUACCAACGUGGUCAAGACACUGGUGAUUCGUUAG